UAAGGCGCUGGGAAAGCAGCGGCGGCGAGAGCGUCUCGGGACAGCAUGAGCGGCUGCGGGUUCUUCUUGCGCUCGGCGGCGGCGGCGCGCCUGUGCCGUGCCCUGGUGGCCUUCACCGCGAGUCGGCGGCCGCUGCGCACCAGUCCACCGAGCCAAGCUUUCGCCAAGGAGCUCUUCCUGGGCAAAAUCGAGAAGAAAGAAGUUUUCCCAUUUCCAGAAGUCAGCCAAGAGGAACUUAAUGAAAUUAAUCAGUUUGUGGGACCUGUAGAAAAAUUCUUCACUGAAGAGGUGGACUCUCAAAAAAUUGACCGGGAGGGAAAAAUCCCACAUGAAACUUUAGAGAAGCUGAAGAGGCUGGGGCUUUUUGGGAUGCAAGUCCCAGAAGAAUAUGGUGGCCUGGGCCUCUCCAACACCAUGUACGCGCGGCUGGGGGAGAUCAUCAGCCUGGACGGCUCCAUCGCCGUGACGCUGGCGGCACACCAGGCCAUCGGCCUCAAGGGCAUCAUCUUGGCCGGCAGCGAGGAGCAGAAGGCCAGGUACCUGCCCACGCUGGCUUCCGGGGAGCGCGUGGCCGCCUUCUGCCUGACGGAGCCAGCCAGUGGGAGCGACGCCGCCUCCAUCCGGACCAGGGCCACGUUGAGUGAAGAUAAGAAACACUACCUCCUCAACGGCUCCAAGGUCUGGAUCACCAAUGGAGGACUGGCCAGUGUUUUUACUGUGUUUGCGAAGACAGAAGUUGUUGAUUCUAACGGCUCAGCGAAGGACAAGGUCACAGCGUUCAUCGUAGAGAGAGACUUUGGUGGAGUGACCAGCGGGAAACCCGAGGAUAAGUUAGGCAUUCGAGGCUCCGACACCUGCGAGGUCCACUUUGAGAACACCAGGGUGCCCGUGGGAAACGUCCUCGGAGAAGUUGGCGGCGGCUUUAAGGUGGCCAUGCGCAUCCUCAACAGCGGGCGGUUCAGCAUGGGCAGCGCCGUGGCCGGGAUGCUGAAGAAGCUGAUCGAAAUGACCGCCGAGUACGCCUGCACAAGGAAACAGUUCAACAGGAACCUCAGCGAGUUUGGCUUGAUUCAGGAGAAGUUUGCCCUGAUGGCUCAGAAGGCUUACGUGAUGGAAAGUAUGGCCUACCUCACGGCGGGGAUGCUGGACCAGCCGGGCCUCCCUGACUGCUCCAUCGAGGCCGCCAUGGUGAAGGUGUUCAGCUCAGAGGCCGCCUGGCAGUGCGUGAGCGAGGCGCUGCAGGUCCUCGGGGGCUCGGGCUACGUGAGGGACCAUCCGUACGAGCGCAUGCUGCGUGACAGCCGCAUCCUGCUCAUCUUCGAGGGAACCAACGAGAUUCUCCGGAUGUACAUCGCCCUGACGGGCUUGCAGCACGCCGGCCGCAUCCUGACCGCGAGGGUCAAGCAGCUUAAACAGGGCAGCGUGGCCACCAUCAUGGAGACCGUCGGCCAGAGGCUUCGGGACUCCCUGGGCCGCACUGUGGACCUCGGGCUGACAGGGAAGCUCGGAGCCGUGCACCCCAGCAUGGCGGACAGCGCCAGCAAGCUCGAGCAGAACGUACACUUCUUCAGCCGCACCGUGGAGACCCUGCUGCUUCGCUUUGGCAAGACCAUCGUGGAGGAGCAGUUGGUCUUGAAGCGAGUGGCGAACAUCCUCAUCAACCUGUACGGGAUGACGGCCGUGCUGUCGCGGGCCAGCCGCUCCAUCUGCGUGGGGCUCCGGAACCACGACCACGAGGUUCUGUUGGCCAACCUCUUCUGCACGGAAGCUUACUACCAGAAUCUUUUCGCCCUCUCUCAGCUGGACAAGGGUUCUCCGGAAAAUCUCGACGAACUGAUCAAGAAAGUGUCCCAGCAGGUCCUAGAGAAGCGCGCCUACGUCUGCGCCCACCCUCUGGACUGGACGUCCUGAAGCAGGGGGACAGCGUCCCUGCCGCUGUCUGCCCGACACACGCCUUCCGGAAGG